UGGUGCUGCUGGUUGUGGUGGUGGUGUGUUAAUGUUGUAGCCGCUCUUCAGCGCCCCCUGUGUGCUGUGUGUGGAAGCGCCGCUGGGGCUGUCAGCGAAAUGGCGGAAGGGGAGCUGAAUGUUGACAGUCUGAUCUCCAGGUUGCUGGAAGUGCGAGGAUGCAGGCCGGGGAAGAUUGUGCAGAUGACGGAGGCGGAGGUGCGGGGGCUGUGUAUAAAGUCCCGCGAGAUUUUCCUCAGCCAGCCCAUCCUGCUAGAGCUUGAGGCUCCACUCAAAAUCUGCGGAGAUAUCCACGGUCAAUACACUGACCUGCUGCGGCUGUUUGAGUACGGGGGCUUUCCUCCAGAGGCUAAUUACCUGUUUCUAGGGGAUUAUGUGGACAGAGGGAAACAGUCUCUGGAGACUAUCUGCCUGCUUCUGGCCUACAAGAUCAAAUACCCUGAAAACUUCUUCUUGCUCCGUGGCAACCAUGAGUGUGCCUCCAUCAACCGCAUCUACGGUUUCUACGAUGAGUGUAAACGCAGGUUUAACAUCAAGUUAUGGAAAACUUUUACUGACUGCUUCAAUUGUCUGCCUAUUGCUGCCAUUAUUGAUGAGAAGAUUUUCUGCUGUCAUGGAGGUCUUUCUCCUGAUCUUCAGUCUAUGGAACAGAUCCGCCGCAUCAUGAGGCCCACUGACGUCCCUGACACAGGGCUGCUGUGUGACCUCCUGUGGUCAGAUCCGGAUAAAGACGUGCAGGGCUGGGGUGAGAAUGACCGAGGUGUGUCCUUCACCUUUGGGGCUGAUGUGGUCAGCAAGUUCCUUAACCGACAUGAUUUAGACCUUAUCUGCAGAGCACAUCAGGUGGUUGAAGAUGGUUAUGAGUUUUUUGCCAAGCGGCAGCUGGUCACACUGUUCUCUGCCCCAAACUACUGCGGGGAGUUUGAUAAUGCUGGAGGAAUGAUGAGCGUGGACGAGUCUCUUAUGUGCUCUUUCCAGAUCCUGAAGCCCUCAGAGAAGAAGGCUAAGUAUCAGUAUGGUGGAGUGAAUUCAGGCCGUCCUGUCACUCCUCCCCGCACUGCUCAGGCCCCGAAGAAGAGGUGAGCUGACUGGCCCUCUGGAGCCCAGUAUUAAACCCCUCCUCCCCAUGUGUCGCCUAGGGCAGGCCCUUUACCCACUCAACCACACCUUUACAUGUAUAUACUUUCGUUAUUUGUUUAUUUUGCUGUGACUAAUGUUUUUUCUUUGCUUGUUUGUUGGUAUUUCUAUACAUGAUUGAUAUUAAAAACUGGUUAUACAGUACCGUGACAUUUGUUGCUCAGUCAGUCUGGCCUACAUUACAGGCUGCUGCAGCACGGAUAAACAGAUGAAAAGCUUGUGAGUGUGUGUGGGUGAUAAGCAAGAUAAGUGGCUAAGACAAUGUCCAGCCCCCACAUGAAAGGAAGGUGGUGUUUUUGUUUGAGGAUAGGAAUGAAUUUUGCUUUUCUUUUUGUCAGAACAGUGCCCCAUAAGCUCAAGGUCUGCUUGACCUAAGAAAUAAGCUUCAUUUAUUCUUUUGGACGUACGAAUGUAAAUUUCAAAGAGUCAAGAAAAUAAAGUUCAUUGGUGCAAACGCUAUACAGUUACAUGAACGUGAGCACAUAACCAUAUGUAUUUGUCUAUAUACAACAGUUAUCAUCAACUGAGGGGGGGAAAAAAAGAAAGAAAUGACCUCAGAAAGAGAGGUAUUGUAGUUGCACAUUUGUAAUUAUGACAUUUUACUAUUAUGGUAGUGCUACCAUUAUCACCAGCUUAUGUUAAAACACUUUAAUGUCCAAGGAUUGGGAGUAAUGGGAUUAUUUCCUUUUUCCUGCCUGUGUGAAUGUUCAUUAUAGGUAGUGUUUGAAAAGGCAGAGGAACAUCUGGAAUAAAUUCUUUCUCAAUUGCACUUUUACACCAGACUCCGCACACAAAUACUUUUUGUAGCUACUGUUGUAAAGAAUACUUUAAACACUUUUUUUUGCUCACUAAAAAUCCCUUUCACCGAAAUGUGAGACUAAACCAGCCCAGAUCGAAAUAGUUCAUUCAUUGACUUUUGAAGAUAACAGUAGAGAUAUUAAUGUGGAGCCCAAUCCUGGCUCUGGAAAUCCAUCGCCACCUGCUGAGUUAGGCUCCAAACCAAAUCUAACACAGCCAGUCUGGAUUUAAAAAAGACGUUUAUAAGCAUCUUGGACCAAGAUCAAGCACAACUUUUCCCAUCAGCCAUCUAGUUUAGACAGGAAAUAUGUAGCAGCAAAUCUAUCGAUUAAUAUUAGGUUGGUUUAGGAUUUUUUUUUUCUUUUUUUUUUUCCUACCAGCAUUCCAUAAAGUGUGUUAAACUUUGGAACAGUAGCUAUGAACAGAAAAAAUGUGGACAGGGCAUUAACAGAUUAAUACCCAGUCUAAAGCUUUAGUCUAAUACUGACUCGCAUAAACAUGGCUUUGAGUGAAAGCUCACAUAAUCUGACUGAAUAUUCACAGCAUGAUUAUUUAUAAUAUACACAAGCCAUACUAACUAGACUCUUUGAUGCAGGGUUGAGUAGCAUGCUGGAUGUUGGUAAGCACAUGUAUCACACUACAAACGUUACAGUAGAGUACAGUACAGUACAUUAUCUCCUUAGUAACACCUUGCACUUUUGCCAUCUGUUUACCAGGUGCUUUGAACAAAUACACCGUCAGCAGUUCAGGCCAGACAAGGCACAGACUAGUGCAUUGUGUUACAGGGUGACUCUGUAAAAGACAGGAAUUCUGCUUAAAGGCUAGAAAUCAUAGAUCAUUCAGGGCAUUUAGCUGUACUUAGUACUCACUCGUUCUGAAUGCAUUUUGCACUUCCCAAUUUUUAUAAUAAGCAGACAAACUGAGAAGUGCACUAACGUAUGAGCUUUCACCCUCAGCCGCUUUGUCUCCUUCUCUGAGUUUGAUGGCACAGGUGAAAGCAACAGAAGCAGCCUUGUGUUAAACCGUGAUUAUUGCCUUACACUGUUCAAUACUGCCAUCUCAAAUUCUGACCUUUUUUCUUUUUUAGUAUUUCUUGUUAACAUGGAUGGAUGUGCAUAUUUGGAGUUUGCAGCUCUACACAUAGUGUGCUGUAGUGUAGUGGUCUGGUCAGGCCAAGAACUAAAUUUUGAGUUCUGUGAUUAAAAACAUUCACUGAUUGGAUUAGAUUUGAUUUUGCAGUGCAGUACAGUAUGCCUUUACUUUAAGCUGUUAUCAAAAGUCAGGAAAUGUUUCAAGUGUUUUAAAUUCCCUUUUGAGAUUUGUACCAGAUUGUUUCAAACUCUUUGAAUGGAAUAAAUGGAAUAGUGAUGUUGA